GAUGUUUCCUGUAUAAAACCAAAAGAAUCCAUUCAUCCAUCUUCGUGAAAGAAUAAACAAAACCGACCCUUCAAAACCGCCGUCCCAUCCUCCUCUAAUCCAACAACAGCCACAACAGCCAAACCCAUACACAACCAAACGAGAACCCCAAAGAAGAAAAAGAAAAUUUUCUUAAAAUACCCCUUCUUCUUCUUCUCAACAUGCCCCUAUGAAGACCAACCACGAAAAACCUUCCCUCCUCCUCAGAUCAUUCACCCUCUGUCUCUGUCUCUCUCUUUUUCUUCUCCUCUUCCUCUCUCUCCACCGCACUUCAAUCCCAUCUCCACCGUCCCUUGUCUCUGACGACCUCCGCAUCCGAUCCGGCUUCUCCUCCUACGACGCCUACAUCAAGCGCCAGCUCGACAAGACCUUGAACCCCAAGCUUCGUAAGAUCUGGACCACUCGCGACUGGGACCGCAAGAUCAACGUCUUCUCCAAAUUCUUCGAAGAUCUCAAGUCCAAGAAUCUCCUCUCCGACGGCUCCAAGGCCUUGUCCAUCGGUGCCCGCGUCGGGCAGGAGGUUGCCGCGCUGAGGAGGGUCGGGGUGUCGGACUCGGUCGGCAUCGACCUCGUGCCUUACCCACCGCUCGUAAUCAAGGGAGACUUCCAUGAGCAGCCGUUCGCGAAUGGGACGUUCGACUUCGAGUUCUCGAACGUGUUCGACCAUGCUUUGUAUCCGGCGAAGUUCGUGUCGGAGAUCGAACGGACUUUGAGGCCUGGCGGGGUGUGCGUAUUACAUGUGUCAAUAUCACGGAGGCCAGAUAAGUACUCGGCGAAUGAUCUGUACAGCGUGAGGCCGUUGGUGGAGUUGUUUAAGGAGUCGGAGGUAGUGCAUGUGAGAAGCGUGGACGGGUUCGGGUUGGACACGGAGAUUGUUUUCCGAAAGAAGAAGGAGAAGGCCAUGAAGAAAACGUCGUGAUUUCUGUUUUUAUUUUAUUUUAUUUAUUUUUUUCAUUUCUCAUUAUUUACGUCCAAAACAUAGAGUACGUUUGUUGUUAUUAGUGCGUGAGGAACAUUUUUAAGUCCGUCGAACCCACCCUGGAUACAAGGAAGCGUUGAUGGGUGGGCCUGAUGUGGGCAAGAAUCCUCUACAGCACCCGAAACUCCCAACCUUUGUGGGUCCCGCCAUAUUCUAUAUGGGAAUCCACUCCGUCCAUUAGAUGAGGAACUUUAUCUGAACCGCAUAUACAAAAGAUUAGCGUGAUAUAGAUAAGAAAAAUCUCCGAAUGGGCCACACCAAUGGGAUCAACAAGGCAAAAUUGCUACUAAAACUUCUAAGUUCACGUCUUGUGGCUCACCUGAGUUUUGGGUCAGGCUGGGUUUUGGUUAUUUACUUUAUCCUUGAGAUUUACACCUGAUUAACGUUUUUGAUGUAAGAUAAACAGCACGAUGAUCCUCACACAAACCUAUGGUUUUCAUCCCAUCUCUGUUGUUCCAUGUGAUGUGGCUCACCUGGGUUGUGGAUCUGGCUUACUUUUUCCAUCAGUGCCUAUAAUCGAGGGUAAAACGUGAUGGACAGAGUGGAUUUAUAUAACAACAUGGUGGCCCUACAGAGAUUUUUACGCACCACGUAAAACAGGUGUGGCUGAGGAUUCCGGUCCGCCGGCUGUGGCUGCCUCUAUACAAAAGUUGCAACUAUUUGAUGAUUUUGAUUAAAAUAUUAAUUGACAGCUUUCUUUCAGGUUC